AUGGAUCCCAACGAUGGCAACACAAAUGCCGGAGGAAGUAGCAAUGUGGGGACUUCCAGUGAGGAUGGCAGUGAUUCUAAUCUAGUGCUGCGUGGUAUAACCCAGCAGGUCAUGGCAGAGAUUGCACAGAACUCUAGGGGACAGAACUGCCCACUUGCUGACCAGUUCGUUGGUGGCCUCCCUCUCUCGCAAAAACACACACACACAGAAUGUGAGCAACAAGUUAUUCACAGGGACAUAAAGACCAGUAAUAUAAUGCUGGAUGGAAACUUCAACGCAAGGCUUGGGGAUUUUGGAUUGGUGAGGCUCAUGGAUCAUGACAAGAGCCCUGUUUUGACUCUAACUGCGGGAACAAUGGGGUACCUUGCCCCAGAAUAUCUUCAGUAUGGGAAAGCAACUGAGAAGACUGAUGUUUUCAGCUACGGUGUGGUCAUACUUGAAGUGACUUGUGGGAAGAGGCCAAUUGAGAAAGAAAUAGGUACUCAGAAAAUGAUCAAUUUGGUUGAUUGGGUCUGGAAAUUGCAUUCUGAGGGAAACAUUAUUGAAGCAGUAGAUAAAAGGUUGAGUGGGGAGUUCAAGGAGGAAGAAAUGAGGAAGUUGUUGCUUGUGGGUUUGAGCUAUGCAAAUCCAGAUUGCAUGGAGAGGCCUUCCAUGAGGAGAGUCUUUCAGAUCCUUAAUGACGAGGCAGAGUCUGUGCUUGUGCCAAAGAUGAAGCCAAGUCUCUCUUUCUCUUCCAGGUUGCCUUUGAGUCUAGAAGACAUCAUGUCGGAUGGCAAAGAGUGCAAGACUUCGUAG